UUAACCAAACUAAUAUUAUUAUAAAAUAUAAAUAACCUAAACGCAUGCUUAUUUAUUUUGACCGUGGCAUUUUGAUAUAUUGCAAUAAGUAAUUGUUAUUAUCAUAGAAAUAACGAAAAUUAGUAUAUAUUAGAUUUUAUGUAUGUGUUCUAAUUGUUCUGAUGGAUACGGAUAUUUUAUUUGACAAUAAGGACUGUCUCUACGUGGAUGAUUUUCUAGAAGAGUUAAACAAAGAUUAUCAUUGGUCAUCAUUAUUGAAUGCAGCAGAUGCAUCACCUAGUGAGAUAUUAGCUGAUGCAGCACCUGUAUUGGUGCCAUUAACAUCACCAACAACUAGUGCCAAAUCUUCUGUAACAGAGAGCAGUAAUUCAGAUUCUGGAAGUGAUGAUGAUUCCAAAAAUUCUAGUCCUACAUCAGCACGGCAGUCCUCACAGUCACCAUUCGAAUGGAUGUCCAAUUUGGAUGAGGAACCACCAAAUAAUUUAAAAUUGGAAGAUGUUGAAUUAUUUUUACAGAAAGCAGAUACCCUAAGUGAUGAAUCACCCAAUGUUACUGUGCCUAAGACCUCUCCUUCAGAAAGAGAUGGACCUUUUAUGGCUAUUGAAAAUGGAAUCAUAAAGGGAGUUAGGCAGGAAUUUUAUAAUUCUGGAGUUCCAUUACAUUCUUCAAAUAUAAAUCCAAGUAAUUCAGUACCUUUUGUACAUAAUCGAAAUAACAACAUUCAAAAUGAUUAUUUCAAAGUUGUUAAUGAAAACUCUUCAAAUGUUGUACCAAAUCAACAAAUAAUAUUACUUGAUGAACAAAAAUAUUUGGUUGUGGACACAAAAAAUGCACCUAGUAUAGUUAGAAAACCAAAUAUAUUGAUGAAAAAAUCAGCAGUUGUGAAAACAGCAGCGAGUACAAAUAAUGGAAAGAUAGUCAUAUCACCACUACCUCAAGGCAAAUUAACUGGUGUUAGUAUUCCAAAACAGGUUUCUCCACCUAGAAGUAAUAUUGUGAUAAGUCCAAAGCCACUAGCCAUUAAACAAGAAAUAGCUCCUACAACAACAGUACAAAAUGGGUUACCAAUAACUAAUACCACUGAACUUAAUGUAGACCUGUCAAAACUAAGCGAUUCUGAAAUAAGGGCUCUGAAGAAACAACAACGAAUGAUUAGAAAUCGUGAGGCUGCUAGUCAAUCACGUCAGAAGAGGAAAGAAUAUGUAACGGCGCUGGAAUACCAAUUGUUUCUAGCGCAACAAGAAAUCACGCAACUGCGACUCGAAAAUAAACAACUCAGAAAACAGCUAGAAACAAAUGGCAGGCCUCGGAAAAUACCCAGAAUCGACUUACCUGUAUUAAUGCCAAAGAAGAAUAUUGCUGUUAUAUUUGCUAUGGUUUUCAUGAUUUCAAUUAAUUGGAAUAUUCUUGGGUAAGUUUAAACCAUAAUCCUUACUAUAUCCAGUCAAAGAAAUACAACCAUCUGUGGACGCCAUUUGUUAUGGACAAUCAUUACUAUUAUUAUAUUUAAUUGAUAUAACAUUGUUCUUGCAGAUAAUAAUAAUUUGAAUAGCACUUAUGGUACAGAUUGUCAAAACGCAACAAAUUUAAAUGACAUUAGUAUUAAUCAAACUGAAAGCAUUAGGAUAGCUGGAGAACUAAACCGUUGGAUUAAAGGAGGAAAAACACUAAAUUGGACACUUGAUGCUCCCCGGAAAAAACGACAAGUGUAUAUGAAUGAUGAGAGAGUCAAUGAUGGCUUUCUGGAAACAUACAAAAUGUUUAAUAAAUUGAACAUAGAUGGUACUUUUCCUGACUUUGCUGCUACUAAGAAUCAAGGCAGAAAUGUAAGAGAGAAAUCACGCUUACGUCGAUUGAGAAGGAAUAAAGAUAUUGAUUUCACAGAAGAUUCUGUCAUAGAUUACAAUAGAUUGUAUCACAAACCAAUGACGAAAUCUGUCGAUCCCUUCAAUAUGGAUGAUCUGAGUGAAUGGAAUGCAUUUCUACAAGCAUUACAGAGAAGGGAUGACACAUUUUAUAUUGUGGGUGUUGGGAAAGGAGAACACUUGUUAUUGCCAGCGGUAUCACACAAUACCACGAGGCCGCCUAAAAUGGCGUUAAUUUUACCAGCAAGAAAUGGAAAUGAUUCAUUGACUAAAGACCAUGUAACACUCAUGCAAAUCGAAUGUUCUGUUGUCAACACUUCUCUUGUGAAAUUAAAAUCAAACACAUUACCCGAGAGCAUUAGAAAGAAAUCCAGUGAUCAAGUUAAGUCAUCUGUGAAUGCAUCAUUUUCAGAGGACAAACAGCAUUUUAAUAGAGAAACUACCAAGGACACGGUUGACACUAGUCUGUCUGACAUUUUAUAUAAUACAAAUAAUAAUAUUUCAAACUUCCCGGACACUUUAAACAAAGUUAAAAAUAGUCUGGAUUCUGGUAAAGAAGAUUUAUUCGCUCAAUACUUACGUUCAAAGUAUGAGAGCUCAAAAAUGUCCGAGAAGUACUUUAAAAGGAAAUUAAAAGGAAUGUCAAAUGAACAUCCAAAUCAAAAUUAGGUGUAAUCUAAAAUAUGCUAUCAAUUAUAUCUCUCUUUUAAGGUUAAUUAAUAUAUAUUGUUCAUAUAAAAAAAGGUCACAGUAUUACAAGAUCUUCCUUUUAGUGGGCAAUACCUCUCGUCCAUGGCAAUAGUAUAUUAUUUUACUUGCGCCUACAUUACUGCAAAGUGUAAUCACUUUAAUUGCGGAGUUACAUCCAUUUCCUAAAUUUUACAAUUGCAAAUUUCAGAUUUGUUUCUUAACUGUAUGGAAAGUAAAACUGUGAUCUAUAUUUAUGAAAAUUAAUACUUAAACAUUACUUAUUAACAGAUCUCAAUAGGAUAUGACAAGUGAUAAUACGUAUAGACAGGGAUAUUUGCACUUAUUUCUAAACUGUCAAUUUUUUUUAUAUGUCUAUGUUUACAAAUUUAAGCAUUCCUUAAAAUAUUUCUAUUACUUAUAUAUA